AUGCUUUCCUUCUUCGCUCCUUCCCUUUCGCUCUUAUUAUCCCUGCUUUUCUCUAGCCCUGCUUACGCUUCAGUACGCGACGGCAAGGAUGUGUUUGGUGUGAAUCUAGGUAGCUGGCUUGUGCUAGAACCGUGGAUGCUUCCUCAGGAAUGGCUUGACAUGGGCGGCCAGGACUGCUCGGAUUGCUCGCAAUGCAUCCGGAGCGAAUUCGCCUUCGUUAAGGCGUAUCCUGACACGGCUGACCAAAUCUUUGAUGAACACUGGUCUACGUGGUUCUCCCAAGACGACGUUGAUCAGCUCGUUCGUCUCGGCAUCAACACCGUCCGGAUUCCUCUUGGCUACUGGAUCAUUGAAGACCUAGUCGAACGUGACACGGAGUUCUAUCCUCGCGGAGGACUGCAGCAACUUCGCCGUGGUCUGCUUCAGCUCAAGGAAGCUGGGAUUGAUGCAAUCCUCGACCAUCACGCUCUCCCAGGCGUACAGUCGCCUAACCAAAUGUUCACUGGAAACUGCACCACCAACGUCCAGUUCUACACACCCUACAACUAUCGGCGCGCGCUGCUUUGGACCGCCAUCAUGACCGUGCUCUCCCACCUGGACCCGGCGUUCGCGAGCGUCGUCUCCAUCGAAGCCGUCAACGAGCCCAUCAUGGACGCCACACAGACGCCCGGGUAUGGGGACUUUCAGAAGCGGUUCGUCCGGACGGUGCGCGUCGUCGAGCGUGCGCUGGGAAUCGGGUCGUGGAGCGGUCAGACGCAGCGUCUCAGGCGACACUGGGGCAUUCAUGCGCGCCAAGAGGACCCCAUUUCUGCGCUGAGGACGACGAUCACGACGGACGCGUACUUUGUGGACGAUGAUAACGUGCUCGCGGAGGCGCUGGACAUCAUCGCUCGCACCCUGCAUACCGGCGAGGUCGAGCCAAUGUCCAUGUCCACCAUGCACUGGAAGCAGCCGCUCGUCACCAACCUGAUGGAUAGCAGCUGGCAGCAUUUCACUGGACCCAACCCUGCGGAAGCGGCAGAUGGUCCUCAAGUCUACGACAAUCAUCUUUACUACAGGCAAGGCGUCGCCGAUGCCAACGAAGAGGCCUACAUGCAUAGUAUCUGCAACCUUCAGCGCGUCCCCGACGAUGCGGCACUCGGGAACUCUCCUCUCGUCUUCGGCGAGUGGGGGCUGCCGACUCAGUUUAGCGCGACGGACGAGUUCCUUGUCAAGUGGGCCGAUGCGCAGAAGCUGGCGUACACCCAGGGCGCAGGAUGGAUCUUCUGGAACUUCAAGAUAGAAAGGUCAAAGCUUGCUGGCAAUCUCUCCAGGCAAUGGUCGUACUUCGAUGGCGUUGACCGAGGGUACCUUACGGUCGACCCGUCUCAGCUGCACGAUCCCCACGUAUGCGAUCCCUACGUCGCAUAGCGUCUUCGAGCGCUCGUUGGCAUGUUUGCAUCGGGGCGCGCAGCAGGGAGGUACGCCACGUGGGGCAUCGAUGCAUUGUGCUCCAAAGGGGUUAUCUUCCGAUCACCGUGAGCAGCCGCCGUAUCUUCCUCCGUUCCUUCAUCUCGCUCCAUUCUCUGCCUCUCGGUCAUGCCGGGCUUCCUUCCUAUCAUGCUUCGUCUCUACUCGGUGUAUCUUCGAUCUGUCUAAUUCACGCUCGCUGCUUUGAUCCCUGCGACCCUCGUCAGCAGCUUUGA